UGAGCGGACGCCCCUCCUCUGGGGCGGGUCCGGCGGGAGGUGACUUCGGAAACAUGGCCGAGUAUACGAGGCUGCAAAACCGUCUGGCGCUGAUCCGCCUCCGAAACCCCCCGGUCAACGCGAUCAGUGUGGCUGUACUCCAUGGAAUAAAAGAGGGACUGCAGAAAGCUAUAACAGACCGUACAGUAAAAGCCAUUGUGAUUUGUGGAUCAAAUGGCAAAUUCUGUGCAGGGGCUGAUAUCCGUGGCUUCAGUGCUCCUAGAACCUACAACUUCACAUUGGGACAUUUAGUAGAUGAAAUGCAGAGAAAUGAGAAGCCUGUGGUGGCAGCUAUUGAAGGCGUGGCUCUAGGAGGGGGACUGGAGUUGGCCCUGGGCUGUCACUAUAGGAUUGCCCAUGCAGAGGCUCAAGUUGCCUUCCCAGAAGUUUUGCUAGGAAUCAUUCCUGGUGCAAGAGGUACCCAGCUUCUUCCCAGACUCAUUGGAGUUCCUGCUGCACUUGACUUAAUUACCACAGGAAGAUAUGUUUUGGCAGAUGAAGCACUCAAGCUGGGUAUUCUAGAUGAAAUUGUGAACUCAAACCUGGUUGAAGAAGCAAUCAAAUUAGCCCAGAGAGUUUCAGACCAAUCUCUAGAAUCCCGUAGACUCUGCAACAGGCCAAUUCAGAGCUUGCCCAACAUGGAAAGCAUUUUCAGUGAAGCCCUUUUGAAGAUACGGAAGCAGUACCCUGGGCUUCUUUCUCAGGAGACUUGUGUCCAUGCCGUCCAGGCUGCUGUGAAGUAUCCCUAUGAGGUGGGCAUCAAGAAGGAGGAGGAGCUGUCCAUGUACGUUCAGAAAUCAGAGCAGGCUAGAGCCCUGCAAUAUGCCUUCUUGGCUGAGAGGAAGGCAACUAAGUGGUCAGGUCCCUCUGGAGCAUCCUGGAAAACAGCAUCUGCACAACCCAUCUCCUCAGCUGGCGUUCUUGGCCUGGGAACAAUGGGCCGAGGUAUUGUUGUUUCUCUUGCAAAGGCCAAGAUCCCUGUGAUUGCUGUAGAAUCAGACAAGAAGCAACUAGAGGCUGCUAACAAGAUAAUAGCCACUCUUUUGGAAAAGGAAGCAUCUGAAAUGCAACAGGGUGGCCACCCUUGGUCAGGACCAAAACCAAGGUUAACUACAUCUAUAAAGGAGCUGGGUGGUGUAGAUUUAGUCAUUGAAGCAGUAUCCGAGGAAAUGAACCUGAAGAAGCAGGUUUUUGCUGAACUGUCAGCCAUAUGCAAGCCAGGAGCUUUUUUGUGCACCAAUACUUCAGCCCUGGACAUUGAUGAGAUUGCAUCUUCUACAGGUCAUCCUCAUUUGGUCAUUGGCACCCAUUUCUUCUCACCAGCUCAUGUUACAAAGUUGUUAGAGGUUAUUCCAAGCCAAUACUCUUCUCCUACUACCAUUGCCACUAUUAUGGACUUAUCAAAAAAGUUGAAAAAAGUUGGGGUAGUUGUAGGCAACUGUUUUGGAUUUGUUGGGAAUCGAAUGUUGGUACCUUAUUACAAUCAGGCAUAUUUUUUAUUAGAAGAAGGCAGUAAGCCAGAGGAGAUAGAUCAGGUGCUGGAAGAAUUUGGAUUCAAAAUGGGACCUUUUAGAGUGUCUGAUCUUUCUGGGUUGGAUGUGGGUUGGAAAUCUCGAAAAGGGCAAGGUCUUACUGGACCUACAUUGCCUCCAGGAACUCCUGCCCGAAAGCGAGGCAACAGGAGAUAUUGCCCAAUUCCUGAUAUGCUCUGUGAAUCAGGACGAUUUGGCCAGAAGACAGGUAAGGGCUGGUACCAAUAUGAUAAGCCAUUGGGUAGGAUUCACACACCUGAUCCCUGGCUUUCCAAAUUUCUGUCACAGUACAGAGAAACCUAUCACAUUGAACCACGGAACAUCAGUCAGGAUGAGAUCCUUGAACGCUGCUUAUAUUCACUCAUCAAUGAAGCAUUCCGUAUCUUGGGAGAUGAGAUAGCUGCUACCCCAGAGCACAUUGAUGCUAUCUAUUUACAUGGGUAUGGAUGGCCAAGGCACAGGGGUGGGCCCAUGUUCUAUGCUUCCACAGUUGGGUUGCCCACAGUGCUAGAGAAGUUGCAGAAAUAUUUCAGGCAGAAUCUUGAUAUUCCACAACUGGAACCUUGUGACUAUCUGAAAAAAUUGGCUUCCCAGGGAAACCCUCCUCUGGACGAAUGGAAAACCUUGGCAGGACCCUCCGGCAGUAAACUGUAAUUCAGCCUUCUAGGUUAUGCCUCACAUGCUGGCAUCAGGUAGUGCUCACUAAAUUUCAUUGAAAUUCAAUCCAAAGAUUCAAAGUAAGAGUGUUCUGAAAUACACAGCAAAAGGAAUAAUUGGCCAACUAAACCUCCUCUUUUGAUCUUCUAUCUGAUGAUUCUAAUGGGCCAAAUCUUUAGGAAUGUGCUUCUUAUGCCUCUGAAUCUGUCCCUGUCAGAUAAAUUAUUUCAAUCCCAGUGAAUAAACUUGUGGUAAUACCCUAACAGCUAUGGAGAGAGCCUCAGAAAUAAGUUGAUGUUUCCAAGUAAAACAUUUUAUUCAUGGUCAUAGAGAAUGUCAUCAAUUAAUUACUGAUAAAUGCAAUGUCAUAAAUUCAUUUUGACCCCUUUUAACCUUACACACAGCACUGAUGGGAAAUCUUAUGGAUCCUUCAUUCAACAAACAUUCAUUGUGUACCUCCUGAGCAUCAUGCGCAGCACUGGCAGACCUAGAGUCCAGAGGAGCAUUAACCCAGCAUAGAAGCCUGUGAUGAAGUUCAGUCCACAGCCUCAGAGGUGGAGCGGAGGUAGAUGGCAGAGUAGAGUCAGCAGGGAGGGUCUCUGUGACUGAGCAUGGGAAGUUACUCGAAGAGAGGCAGGGUAUUAAAGGCAGAACAGUAUUACAGCUGUAGGCAAAACAGUUGGGAACUGGUGAGGGAGCCAAGUAUUUAGACUAGAAUGGGAAAUCAGAGUAUUUUGGCAAGUCAUGCUCAACAUACCGCCUCUGUUCAAGGCCCAGUCAAUGUGCACAGUUGUGCUUUCUUCUGGCCGGGGGGCUCAGUAAUGUUGAUAAUAAUUUCCUCAAGACCAGGGAGUGUCUACAACCUGGCCCUUCUUUAUUCUUCUGUUCCUGAAGAAAUAAUAGAAAGUAGUAAGUCGUUGUCUUAGUGUAAGAAGAUCUUAGAGUUACUUAGGGUUCUAAUUUCCUCUGAUUCUGUGAUAGAGAAAUGAUGCCAGUUUCUUUGUCAUGAUAAGCCUUUGUGAUGUUGAGUAUGGAAAUGGUGGAAUCUUGAAAAAAAUCUAAAAUUAUUGCAAAAAAAUUUUAUAUAAUUGUAUAAUAAUUAUAAGAGUUCUCUUUUUACUUUUCGUGUGAUUGAAAGUUGAGGGGCUGGUCAUCACGAAAACUUGGAAACAUGUUUUUAUCAGGGUUAUUCAUAAUAGUCUCAUAUUAGAAACAACCUAAAUCUGUGUCAGCCUAUGAAUGGAUAAACAGUGUUUGUAUAUAAUAUACAAAAGAAUAUUGGCCAUAAAAAUAACUGAAAUGCUGAUACAUACUACAACAUGAUGAACCUUGAAAAUAUUAUGAUAAAUGAAUGAAACCAGUUGCCAAAGGCCACAUAUUGUAAUGGGCAUAUGAAAUGUCCAGAAAAGGCAAAAAUCUAUAGAGACAGAAAGCAGGAUAGAGGUUGCCUAAGGCUGGGGUGAUUGAGGGGUGGAAAAUGCAGAAUGACUGCUAGUGGGUACGGGGUUUCUUUUUCGAUUGAUAGAAAUGUUUUGAAAUUAUUGUGGUGAUGGUUACAAAACUCUUUGAAUCUACCAAGAAUCAUUGAACUGUACAUUUGAAAUGGGUGAAUUGUAUGGUAUGUGAAUUAUAUCUCAAUAAGGUUGUUAAUAAGUAAAUAAAUAAACAAAUGGGGACAAUUUGUUGUCUUUUGGUGUAAUACAAUAAACUAUUUUCACAAUAUUUUCACCAGCGAACCCAAACAAAAUUAUAUAAAGUUCUGAUAGAGAAAUCCUGAAUGAAUAUGGUAUAAGUUUUCCAUUGUAAAAAACAAACAGACAAAAGCUACCUAGAAUAUGCCUUGAAUUGUAGUUAAAUCGAGAAUAAUUUUUGAGAGGUAUAUUGCUGGGUUUUAUUAUAAAUUAAUCCGUGAAAUUAAAGACAUCAGUAAUGUAGUAA